AUGGCCAAUCCAGUGGAUGUUUUCGCCGGGGCUGGUGGAGGAUUACUAUUCAAUGUGCUCUAUGAUGGCCUCAAGGAGCUGACCACCAAGUAUGUGCUGUUCAAACACGACCUCAAAAGCGUCAAAUCCACACUCGAAUCUCUGGAGCAAGUGGUUCAAGAGAUAGCACGACUUAACGAGGAUCUGGAUCGCCUGGAGGAAGAACUAGCGAGCCUAAAAACCCAACUAGAGGAGGGCAAAGUGCUCGUUGCCAAGUGCGGCAAGGUUCGUGUGUGGAGCGUGUACAAGAAGUACAAAUACUCCAAGAAACUUCUUGGAUGGAAUGACAGUCUUAAAGAACAGUUGGAGAUGCUCAAAGUUCAUGCAAUAAGAGAUGGGAAGGAGACCUUGACAACGGUGAAGAGAACAGAGAAGACUGUGAGUCAAAUCAAAUCGACCAGUUUCAGUAUAAAGGAGGGAGUGGAGCAAAUUGAGACCAACACUGCAAAUCUACAGGUGGUGGUGAGCCGAGUGGAAGCGAGUGUUUCGAAUAUAGAGGCUGGGAUAAAGCAGAUGCAACAAAUUGAAGCUUGGUGUGCGGUACCUGAACUUCCAACUCUUACAGUUGGAUUGGAUGGGCCUUUGAACGAACUGAAGAUGAAGUUGUUCAACAAUGGAGUGUCAAUGGUUGUGCUGACCGCUCCCGGAGGAUGUGGAAAAACCACUUUGGCAACAAAGUUCUGUCAAGAUGAGCAAGUCCAAGGUAGUAGAGAGGGCUGUAAGGGAUUUCCACUUGCUAUAACAGUGGCCGGAAAAUCACUUUGCGGACAGCCUAUAGAGAUUUGGCAGGAAAGACUCAUCAAAUGGUCCAAACAUUCUUCGAUUCUUGAUUCGGAGACUGAAUUGCUUCUUCGCCUCCAAACCAGUUUAGAUGUCUCGAAUAAGGAAAUGAGUAUGGUCAAAGAAUGUUUCUUAGACCUAGGUUCAUUUCCUGAAGAUCAAAGAAUCCCUGUUGCUGCCCUCAUUGAUAUCUGGACUGAGUCUUACGAUUCACUGGAUCAAGACAUUUUGUGUGUUGCAAACCUCCACCAGAUCACCAACCGAAGUCUAGCUAAUCUUGUAGUCACAAGGAAGGACAAGCUGCAGGGGGAUGGAUACUACAGUGAACAUUUUGUUACCCAGCAUGAUCUGCUUAGAGAGCUGGCUAUCUAUGAGACAAGACAAGAGGACCCCGGACAUAGAGAAAGACUUAUUAUCAACAUAUCUAAAGACAAUUUUCCCAAGUGGUGGAGCAAACAAAACAAUGGGUCAAUCCAAUUUUCACAUGCAUGGCCAAAUCUAGUGGAAGUGAACAUUGACUAUUGCAAUGAUUUGGUGGCAUUGCCUGCUGACACCAGUGAUUUGAUUCUUCUAGAGAAGCUCAGCAUCACCAACUGUCAUAAGCUACUUGCCUUGCCUGAAGAUAUUGGAAAGCUGGCCAAAUUAGAAUUGUUGAGGCUAAGGUCUUGUACAGGCUUAGCAAAGUUGCCGGGUUCGACUGGGAACCUCAAGAAGCUAAAAUCUCUUGAUAUAUCUUACUGCUUCAGCAUUAAGGAAUUGCCUGAAGACUUUGGUGAAUUAAGCAGCUUAAGAGAGCUUAACAUGAGAGACUGCUCAAGAUUGCAAGAGCUGCCUCUAUCAGUUUCAAAUCUGGAGCAUUUAAAAGUUAUAGGUGAUGAUGAGACACAAAGUUUAUGGCAACCCUUCUUACCUAUCAAAGGCACACACAUAGUAGUGGUCAAAGAGAAUAUCAACCUAAAUUGGCUCCCCAAGUUUCAGUUUUGA